AUGGCGGAAGCAGCCGCUGCCCCGGGCGGCGCGGCGGAGGGUCCCUCGUCGAGGAAACGCAAGGCGUGGGACGGGCCACCGCCCGCAGCCGGCGACCUCGGCCACGCGCAGUUCUGGUGGUACCGCGACCCUUACGGAGUCGACCAGGGGCCGCACGCAACCACGACCAUGCGCAACUGGUUCGAGGCGGGCUACAUCCCGGCAGUGACUCCGCUCGCAGCCUCGUACUAUGGCGAGGUUCCCUCGGAGAUGUGGCUGGCGGCCGAGCUCUGGGAGAGCCCCGAGACGGAGGCGUUUGUGCUGGCUGAGGGCGCGGCGGCGGCGCCGCAGCUCGAGGCGGCGGCGCCGGACUACAUCGAGGCGGCGGAGUUCGAGAGCGAGAAGGAGGGCUACGUCUUCAAGUUUGACGUGUACGGGCUCGGCUACUACAAGGACGAGGAGGCGAGCAGGCCGAUCGAGGUGACGAUCGACGCGAUCGAGGCCGAGAAGCAGGAGAAGCUGGAGAGAAACGCGCGCGCGCGGAUGCAGGCCUUCCCCAAGUGGGACACCAUCUCUGGGUGA